AUGGGUCUGGGGGCUCCUCCGGGCUCAGACCCCGCUGAGCCCCGGCCCCGACGGGACCCCCAGACCCGGCCAUGUUCCUGCCCCUCCUCCUCCUCCUCCUCCUCGGUCCCGCCCCGGCGAGCCCCGCGGGGGUCCUGGAGCUGCGGGUGCUGUCGGCGCGGGGGGGUCCCGGGGGGCCCUGCGGGGGGGGUCCCUCCCCCCCCCCCCCGGUGUCGCCUCCUGUUCCGGCUCUGCCUGCGCCCCCCCGGGGGGGGCAGGGGCUGCAGCCUGGGGGUCGCACAGAGCCCCCCCGGCCCCCCCCCCGCACCCGGAGCUCCCCGGCUGCUGCGCCUGCCCCUCGCUUUCCCCUGGCCGGGCAGCGUCUCGCUCGUGGUCGAGUCUUGGCGGCUGGAGGAGAACCCCGGGGGACCCCCCCUGAGGCUUUUGGGGCGCGCGGUGUCGCGGCCGCGCCUGAGGCCGGGGGGGGGGUGGCGGGGGGGAGCCGGGGGGGGGCUGCGCUUCGGGACCCGCCUGCGCUGCCCCUCACCCCCCCGCGCCCCCGGCUGCCCCCCCUGCCCCCCCUGCUCCCCCCGACGCUGCUGGAGCCGCUGCUGCGCCCCCCGGGGGUGUCGGGGUCCCUGCGCUCCCCCCAGCGCCUGCGCCAGCGGCGGCGUUUGCUCGGUGAGUGGAGACCCCCCCUCUCCCCCGAAACCCCCGGGACCCCCCGGGACCCCCCGAACCUCCAGAAGGCCGGUCCCGGUAACCGCGCUGUCCCCGAAGGGUCACGGGAGCGGCUGCGACAUCCCGGUGGCACCGGCGACACCGGCAGCGGCCCCGGAAGCCCCGGCGGUGGCCGCGGCUCUGGUGGCCCCGCUGGCCCCGGAGGUGGCCCCCGAAUCCGCGGAGUUGGUCCCGGACGCUCCGUCGGUGGCCCCGGUGGCGACCCCCGGAGCCCCGGCCCCGUCCUCGCCGCCGCCCGGACGGCACGUGCCGGUCCCGGAGCCACCGCCGGGGGUCUCCGAGAAAAUUCGGGGCGUCCCGGAGGUCCCCGGUGCCUUCCCGGGGGUACCGGACCCUGUUCCGGUGCUGGCCGAGAUCCCGGAUCCCCUCCCGGGGGUGUCAGAUCAUCCCUCGGGGGUCCCGGAGCUGCUCCCGGGGGUCCCCGAUCCCCUCCCGGGGGUCCCGUACCCCCUUCCAGAGGUGCCCCCCUCCCCCUGCGCCCUCGGGCCCUGCUUCAACGGCGGCGCCUGCGCCCCCGACCCCCGGCCCGGGACCCCCGGGAGCUCCCCCGGGAUGGGACUGGGGACCCCCGGGUACAGCUGCCGCUGCCCCCCGGGAUUCCGCGGCUCCAACUGCGAGCGCCGGGCGGACCGGUGCGACCCGCACUACUGCCUGAACGGUGGGCAAUGCCGGGACGCGCAGGGCUCGGCCCCGCUCUGCCGCUGCCCCCCGGGAUUUUCGGGGCGCCGCUGCCAGCACAACGCCGACGAUUGCACCCCAAACCCGUGCGCGCACGGGGGCACCUGCCAGGACGGCGCCAACUCCUUCACCUGCUCCUGCACCUUGGGUUUCGGGGGUCCCCGGUGCCGCCGCCGCGCCGGUGCCUGCGCCCCGAACCCGUGCGGGAACGGCGGAACGUGCUUCACGCACUUCUCGGGGCCCGUCUGUGCCUGCGCCCCCGGCUUUAUGGGGGUGCUCUGCGAGGAGGAGGUUUUGGGGGGACCCCCCCCGGCCCCGCAGCCGCGCCGGGGUCCGGCCCCGCUGGCGCUGUGCGCGCUCCCGCUGCUGCUGCUGGGGCCGGGAGUGGGGCUAGCGGUGGCCAGGAGGAGGCGAGGGGGCGGCAGCAGGACCCCGGCAGACACAGGGGGGACCCCCCAGCUGAGCCCCCCCGGGCCCGAGCGGCGGCUGCAGAGAGCGUCGGCCACGCGGGUGUGA